AUGGUAAAAUAUUUUUUGGAUUAUGCUCGAAGGUGUAAAGCUUGCCAAUUCCAUGCUAACUUCAUACAUCAACCACCUGAAAUAUUGCACCCAAUUGUUGCCUCUUGGACAUUUGAUGCUUGGGGUUUGGAUGUUGUUGGCUCAUUGCCAAAGUCUUAUGGUGGACAUUUAUACAUUUUGGCUGAAACUGAUUACUUCUAUAAGUGGGAUAAAGUUGUUUCUCUUAAGGAAGUAAAGAAGGAAAAUGUGGUUAACUUCAUUCGAGUCAAUAUUAUCUAUCACUCUGGCAUUCCUCGAUAUAUAUUGACAGAAAAAGCAUUUAACAAGACACUCUGCAACUUGUUGAAAAAGGUUGUCUCUAACUCUAAAAGAGAUUAG